AUUACAUAAUGUCUAUGUUUGAUCGUUUUAAAGAGCAAGCUUCUCGAAUUGCUUCCAGUGCUCAAGAUGCUACAAAACAAAUGGGUGAUAUGGCUAGUAAUGCAGCCAAAAACUCGCCUGGAUUUAAUAGCCCCAUUCCUGGCACUUUGGCAGAAGAGUGUGCAAAAGCCUCUCGUAUUCUCGAGCAGUUUAUUGCUAAAGAAGAAAUGGAAAAUGGAUUUGAUACUAUUAUUCCCGUAUCUGUAUUCAAACAGGCAAAAGCGCUUGCUAUUUUUACCAUUGUCAAAGCAGGUUUUCUUGUGAGUGGACGUCUGGGUAGUGGUAUUCUUGUAUCGAAACAGCCAGAUGGACGAUGGUCAGCGCCUUCUGCUAUCUCUACAGGUGGAUUAGGAUUUGGUGCUGCUCUCGGUGCAGAAAAAGUGGAUGUUGUCUUGAUUCUUAAUAGUGAUGAAGCUGUACGUGCUUUCUCUCAAGGUGGUAAUUUGACAUUAGGAGGUAGUUUAUCCGUCAGCAUUGGUCCUAUUGGUGCCGGCAGCGAGGCUUCCAUUGCAGGUGAUGUGCGUGACAAGAAAAUAGCACCUGUUUUUUCUUACACAAAAUCACAAGGUUUAUUUGCUGGUAUGAGUAUUGAAGGCACAGGCAUUUUGGAACUACAGAGCGCAAACACCAAGUUUUAUGGUAGACCUGUUCGUGCUGCUGCUCUAUUAAAGGGCGAGAUUGAACCACCUGCUGAAGCUCAAGUGUUGUAUGAUACAAUCCAUAAAGCUGAAACACGGGAUCCUUAUUAAUCAUGUUCAUUUUUAUUCCUAUAAACCACUUUUUAAUACACUGUCUAAUGAAAUCAC